AUGUCAAGCCGGCUCCUUGCACCCCCCGGAUCCUCCCUUCCUCGUUUGCCUGUCAUUGAGCACCCCUUAUCACGGCUUGGUGACCCAGAAACUUUAUCUCUCAGAGGGUUUUCCAGGGCUGGAGGGGCCAGGGACGAUAAUGAAGAGAUACCAUGUGAUAGGAAGACUCCACAGACUGCAUCCUCUAGAAACACUGACAAGAGCCUGACACUCACACCUGUAAAGCAUCAAAUCCCUCAGGGAGUGCAGGUUACUGCAGCCGCUGACCAGAGCAAGGCCAGGCUCCCCAUCUUUGGGCAGAGAGCUGAUAUUGGAAGCCGAGCGGAGAGCAGGGCGAGUGCAGUGAGCAGCAGGUCCAGCGCAAUCUCACGGCCUGGGACCCAACUCAGGAUUGAAGUGGAUGAGUUGGAGCAUAUUUUACGUGAAAAACUCAGGUCUGGAGGAUAUUUUAGUCUCCGGCAACUGUUUAAGAACAAUGACCCAGAAGGAAAAGGCCAAGUUAACAGUGGUGGUUCUAGGCUAGGGGAUGGUGCGGUAAUGUGCAGCGUAUUUACUACAGCACUACAAACCUCAAAGGUGACUGCUCUGGAUUUGCAAGCAUUUUAUUCCAGUUAUACAUACCCAGAGUUCUGUACAGAACAAGGAAAAGCUAAAGGAGGGGAUGUGCUGCUUAUGAUGCUGACAAAAUUUCUUGGAAGAUUUAUAAGCUCCAAGCAGUAUCAGCAGCUUCUGUUAAGACUGCAACUUCAAGAAAAGACAAUAAUAAAGUUUGAAGAGCUGUAUGCAGCAUUACGAGAUCCUCUACCUUCAGGGCGUCCAACCUGGCUGGAUCCUGUCAGCAGACGAGGGGAAGAGAAAACCUUUUUGACUGCGUCACAAGUACAUGCACAGCUCAAAGAGAAGACAAAACAAAGGUAUGAUGCUGACGGUAUGGGAGCUAUCCAGGGAGAUGCACUUCUUAAAAGGCUUGGGAAUGAAAUGCGUAAUCAGUCUUCAAACAAUGCAGACAUCAAAGGACAACCUAGAGAAAUAUCAAAAGCAGAAUGGGAAAGGAAGACUUCGAUCAGCAUAGAAAAAUGGCUAAAAGACAAAUUCCGAGAGGGUUUCCGGACUAUGAAAGAAGAAUUUGAAAAGCAUGACCCACAUAGAACUGGGAAGGUGCAGAAAAAUCAUUUUCUUGCCGUGUUGGAAAGAUUUGACCUAAAGCUUAAAGAUGAACACCUGAACCUUUUCCUGGCAAGAUGUGAUCUAAAGAACACUCCGUCAGGCAUCAGCUAUAUAGAUCUGUUAAGGAAUUUCCAAGAUCGCAGUGAUAAAGGGAUCACUCACAAGAUUCUUUCCAACCCCAAUCAUCGAUUUCAUCGGGAAGGUGGGAUCAGUCCUUUGUCAACACUUACUGCAGUAGAAGCCAAACUAACAGAUCUCUUCCAAUCAGAUUUCCUGGCCUUGUUGACGACGUUUGAAAAAAUCGAUAAAUACAAUAGGAAUGUUGUAAGUCAGCAAGAAUUCAGAGCAGCUAUUGAAAGCAGGUUUGGUGUGGAGAUUACUGAUGAAGACUUUGAGCAGCUACUUGACAGAAUGCCCCUUGAUGAAGAUGGAAAUGUCAAAUACCCCCAUUUUAUGGCCAUGUUUGAUUCAAGGAGAGGUGUACCAAGUCUGUUUGAUGAAAAGUCAGUGACAAGCUCCACGUUUGAUAUAUCUGAAGAGAAAAUGCAUGAUCAAGGGAGAACCCCUGCACAAUUGUUCAAGAUCAUAAAAAAGCUCAUUCAUAACAACUAUCCUGCAGUGGAGAAGGCGUUUGAAGAACUUGAUGACAUGAAUUCAAGGAGGCUCACACAGGAGAAUAUGUACCUCCUCUUAAAACAGUUUGACAUCCACCCCACAAUUACUAGAGGAGAAAUCCGCCGGGUUUGGGAUACAUUUAUUACAAACCAAGAUAAAACUCUGGAUUAUUUGGAAUUUGUGAGGCAUUUUGGCUACUCACCGAAAUCUGCAUGUUUCCCUAAUGCAAAGAUAAGCCCACCAAAGAAAGGAGAUGGCGAUUUUAAGAUUCGAUCUAAAAAGUUAAACUGCGACUCUGAUAUACUUGUUGAUAGUGUCCGAGCAAAGGUGGAGUACUUGUGGGACGAUCUCCACAGAGAAUUUGAAGAUCUUGAUCCCUACCGCACUGGCUUUGUCAGUAAAGAAGAAUUUAAGGAUAUACUGAAUGAACUAUGUGUACAUCUAAAUAAUUAUGAAUGUGAAAUGCUGACAAAGAAAUUUGAAACUAGGGGUGAUGGCCGAGUCUCCUACAUUGAAUUUUUGACGCCAUUUGUCACACGUCGGCAAACAUGGAAGAAUAAAAGCAAUAUGGUAGCUGUUAUGCAGAAUCAGUCCCCAGAACUGGCCCUGCGUGAUAUAAUACCUCCCCCAGUCCCUGCGCUGCAUUCUGUCACAUCACAAAUGUCCUCAAAACUGCAAGGAGAAUGGAAGACGCUGCGCAGAGCCUUUAAGAAGCUGGACACGGACAGUAGUGGGUAUUUGUCUUUGCCUGAAUUUCGAUCCGUCCUGAAGCUCUGCAACUUUGUGCUUGAUGAAGAUGAAGUUUAUCACGUCAUGUCCAGAUACGAUCAAAACAUGGACGGCCGCAUAAACUACAAAUCAUUCUUAGAACACACAUGCAACUCAGCGCAGCCCUCUGCAUCCAGCUCAUCACUGGCAAAAAACGCAUAAGGACUAUUUAAUGUGACCGGCAAAUGUAUUCCAGUGGUCAUGGGAUUUCUCACAAGUAUCCUGUAGAAGUAACAACUUUCCACUGUUGUUUUCUUUAGGAAAUCAUAAUAAAAAACACCUUACAAAUA